CGACUCACUCGAUUGGCUCCUAUCACAGUGUUAACUGUGUGUGUGUUCCCCUCCUGGUUUCAUUCAGAGGGUUGGCGCUGACGUUUGCAAACUUUGGAGAGUCCGCUAGAGCUAGAUUGGUCCUUAGAAAUGGAGUGGUUAUCUAUUAUCACAUUUGUUGUUUUAAUUAACUACACCAACGCCGGCGUGGACGGAGUUCCCUGGACAUACUCAGAGGGGGCUCUGGACCAAAUACAUUGGGCAGAGCAAUACCCAGCGUGCGGUGGACACAAACAGUCUCCGAUUGAUAUCCAGCGGCGCAACGUUCGCCACAACCCCCGAAUGCCAGAGUUGGAGCUAACUGGAUACGAUGAGCUGAGCGGCAAAUUUCUCAUGACCAACAAUGGACAUUCAGUUCAGAUUGACCUACCCCCUACCAUGAUGAUCACCGAGGGGCUUCCGGACCACUACACCGCUGUGCAGUUGCAUCUGCACUGGGGCGGCUGGGACCUGGAGGCCAGUGGAGCUGAACACACACUGGACGGCAUACGUUACAUGGCAGAGCUCCAUGUGGUCCACUACAACUCUGAGAAGUACAAGAGCUUUUCAGAGGCCAAAGAUAAGCCUGAUGGGCUGGCGGUACUGGCUUUCGUUUAUGAGGAUGGGCAUUUUGAGAAUACCUACUACAGUGAUUUUAUAUCCAACUUGGCAAAUGUUAAAUAUGCAGGGCAAUCCAUGAACCUUUCCACUAUCAAUGUCCGCUCCAUGCUCCCAGAGAACCUGAAUCACUUCUUCAGAUAUGAAGGAUCGCUCACCACACCACCUUGCUAUGAGAGCGUCAUAUGGACUGUGUUUGACACGCCUAUCACCCUCUCUCACAAUCAAAUAAGGAAGCUGGAGAGUACUCUGAUGGACCAUGACAACAAAACCCUGUGGAAUGACUACCGCAUAGCCCAGCCACUGAAUGACCGUGUGGUGGAGUCCUCUUUCCUCCCCCGCCUGGGCAAAGGAUCUUUCUGUCGCCAGGAAGAGAUUGAAGCCAAGCUCUUGAAGAUAGAGAGCCUGUUAACAUCAGUUGGAAGGAACAUACGUACCUUGGGAGAUUCCAGGUCCACAAGUAAAAGACCGAAGGCUCUGUACCCCCUGGUGCUGCACUUCACUGAGCGCAACACGGGCAGCUACGCACUGGCCCACCUCACGCACCCCAUGGGCCUGCACUCCUUCACCGCCUGCAUGGCCAUCCGUGCGCACCUGCCAGGUGAGGAGCAGCACUCCGUCUUCUCCUACUCCACGCCGAUGCACGACAACGAGCUGGUCAUCACCCUGGGCCAAGACGUGGGCCUGUGGAUCGGCAACGAGUUCAUCAACCUGCCCCACGAGCUGCGCGCCCCCGACUGGGCCCACUACUGCGUGACCUGGGCGUCCCACACGGGCGGCGCCGAGCUGUGGAUCAACGGCCUGGCCGGCGAGGAGCAGUACCUGCGGGCGGGCUACGCGGUCAUGCACGGCGGCAUGUUCAUCCUGGGCAAGGACCAGGACGGCUUCCUGGGCAUCUCGGACGCGGACGCGUUCGUGGGCCACAUGACGGACGUCAACGUGUGGGACUACGUGCUGAGCCCGACGGAGAUCCGCGAGCAGAUGUCCUGCGAGAACAACACCGCCCGGGGGAACGUGCUCAGUUGGGGGGUGACACAGCUCAGCCUGUAUGGAGGCGUACAGCUGGACUUGGAGCACAGGUGCCCUUGACUGAAUGACACAGGGUCUCACAGCUAGCCUAGCGAUGUUGAGGUCAGUGUGUUUAAUGCUGUUUAUAACCACCUGCACACUUCAGCUAUCCCAAAAAUAUCAUACAAGUCGUCUUGUGAGCUACGAAAAAUGUUAUACAAUUUUAUAUUUUAUACUUAACAGAAACAAAAUGGUUUCACGCCUUGUCACAAUGCCUGAUAAAGCAAUAUUGAUUGGUUUGUUUUUUAUUCACUGGCCCACAUUUUUAUGGACACGGUUGGCCUAAUUCAUAUCUGUGUGUCCUCAAUAAACCAAUACUU